AUGGCAAAAUUCUUUUUUGUUUUUCUGUUAUUUUUUUUUAUUUUUAUUAAUUCAUCGUAUUGUGAAGACAAUGAUUAUUACGGCCCUUGGAAAGUUCAUAGCCCGAAAGAAAUAAAAAACAAAAGAGAUAAAAAAGCAGAAAAUGAUAAAUGGUGGGACAAAAAAAUAAAAGAAAACGCAAACGGAAAAACUCGACGCGACUACGAUUUCAGUCAAAACAAAAAUCAACAAUCAUCUUCAGGAAAGUGA